AUGUACCAGGGCCCGACGUUGGUGCUGAUGAAGGAUGAAGAUGGGUAUAUCUUUGGAGCGUAUGCGGACCAAGACUGGGAGCAGUCUCCAAAGUUCUAUGGGUCGGACAGGAGCUUUUUGUUUACGAUUCGACCUCAGUUCAGAAUCUAUCAGCCCAGUAGGGUGAAUAGUAACUUCCAGUACCUGGACUACGGCACCAAGACUCUUCCGAAUGGUAUUGGAUUCGGUGGACAAUUUCGUUACUUUGGACUGUGGCUCGCGAGCGACUUUCAGAGUGGGCAAUCAGCAGCCGAGCCAUUGUGCUCGACGUACCAGUCGCCUCGUCUGUCCAAGCGUCAGGACUUUAAGCUGGACGAGAUGGAAGUCUGGCAGGUCCAUCCUUCGCUGACCGAGCGCGACGAGGGUCCAAAGCAUUCAGCCAUGGAUGCGCAUCCGGACGCGGUCGCGUUGCUCGAGAUGGCGAACCGCCAAAUGUAUUCCAAGGAUGUGCGGGCACCCGAGAACGUUUAUGAUAGCGAUUAA